UUGCCACAGCCAUUUUUACUGGUGAGAGUAUAUAUAGAAAUUUAGAUGAGGCGGUUUAUUGGUCGGGAAGUGUAAGUUUGUCUUUUGCUACGAUUGCGACGAUUUUCUACUUCGCCAGAAAAACACCAGUCCACUGCGCCUUUCCCAGGGUUGGUUCUUCAAUAGUGGCAUAGAUGUCAGGAAAACGUGAAAAGCGAAAUUGGAAAUGACGUGAAGUUUUCAGCGAGAACAGAUUGAAGUUAUCUAGUGAAGAACCUUGUUUUUUAAAAGAAACACCGAGCGGAAAAUCUCGAUUGCAACGUAAAAACCAAAGCUCUUAGUUAUCGGUGCGGUGUUGUAGUGAUCGAGAGAUGAAUCCACCUUCGCAAAAAUCAGCAUUCCCACCGAAUGAAAAUGGGAUUCACCACGAUAAAAUAAUAAUCCUGGAUGCCGGUUCACAGUAUGGGAAGGUUAUUGACAGGAAGAUUCGCGAAUUACAGAUUGAGUCACACAUCCUUCCAUUAAAUACUCCUGCUAUAAACUUGAAAGAUUCUGGAUAUCGUGGAAUAAUAAUAUCUGGCGGCCCGAACUCCAUAUACGCAGAUGAUGCACCUUGUUAUGAUUCAGAUAUUUUCAAAAUCGGUUUACCAAUUUUAGGAAUUUGCUAUGGAAUGCAAAUAAUCAAUAAAGAAUUUGGCGGUACUGUACACAAGAAAGAUGUCAGAGAGGAUGGGCAACAAAAUGUCGAGAUUGAAACAGCGUGCCCUUUGUUUAACCGCCUCAGUCGAACUCAAUCCGUGCUGCUGACUCAUGGUGAUAGUAUAGACAGGGUCGGUGAUAAACUUAAAGUUUGCGCAUAUUCUUCUAGUAAUAUUGUGGCCGGGCUUUAUAAUGAGCAGAGUCGAAUUUAUGGUGUACAGUUUCACCCAGAGGUUGAUUUGACAGUCAACGGUAAACAAAUGUUUUCCAAUUUUUUAUUCGACAUUUGCGCACUAUCCCCAAAUUUUACAAUGGGCAGUAGAAAAGAAGAGUGCCUAAAAUAUAUCAGAGAAAAGGUUGGAAACAAUACUGUAUUGGUGUUGGUGAGCGGAGGUGUAGAUUCAACAGUAUGUACAGCUCUCCUACGAAGUGCAGUGCAUUCAAGUAAAAUCAGAGCCGUGCAUAUAGAUAAUGGUUUUCUACGGAAAGAUGAAAGCGAGAAAGUAGAGAAAACUUUGCGUGAAAUUGGCGUAGACCUCAUCGUCAAAAAGGCUUUUUAUCAAUUUUUCAAAGGUUCAACGACAGUCAAAAGACCUGGUUCCCUGUAUAAUAUAGAAACUCCUAUGCUUUGUUUUGCCACAAAUCCCGAAGAAAAACGAAAAAUCAUUGGUGAUGUUUUCGUUAAAAUUACAAAUGAAGUGAUAAACGAAUUGAAACUAAAUCCAGAAGAAGUAGUGUUGGCACAAGGUACUCUACGACCUGAUUUGAUUGAAUCCGCAUCUUCAAUGGUUAGUUCAAAUGCAGAUACAAUUAAAACACAUCAUAAUGACACGGAAUUGAUAAGAGAACUUCGAGAAUCUGGCAGAGUAGUUGAACCAUUAAAGGAUUUUCACAAAGAUGAAGUUAGGGCAUUAGGUUAUGAAUUGGGUUUGCCAGUACAUCUUGUUGAAAGACAUCCAUUCCCUGGACCAGGUUUGGCGAUACGUAUACUAUGCGCGGAAGAACCAUUUAUUGAGAAAGAUUUUUCAGAAACACAGGUUAUUGCGCGUGUAAUAGUGGACUAUAAGAAUAAAUCGCAGAAAAAUCAUGCACUCUUAAAUAGAGUGUCAGGUGCAACAUCGAAGGAAGAGCAAUCGGAGCUGUGCAGAAUUUCAAGUAGCUGCAAAAUUUCAGCUACAGUUUUACCAAUUCGUACAGUCGGCGUGCAAGGCGAUAAACGAACGUAUAGUUAUGUUAUAGGAUUAUCAACAGAUGUGGAACCAAACUGGAACGAUAUGUGUUUUCUGGCAAAGUUGAUUCCACGCAUUUUACAUAACAUAAAUAGAGUGUGCUAUAUAUUUGGGGGCCAUGUUCAAUAUCAGGUAACCGACAUAACCCACACUCGUAUAAGUCGAUACGCACUGUCCCAAUUGCGGCAAGCUGAUCAUAUUGCCAACGAGAUUUUGCAACAAUCUGGACACAGCAAACGAAUCUCGCAAUUGCCAGUUGUUCUAAUACCAAUUCAUUUUGAUCGCGACCCAGCAAAUCGUAUCCCAUCUUGUGCACGGUCAAUUGUUUUGCGUCCGUUCUUAACAAAUGAUUUUAUGACGGGUGUUCCCGCAUUGCCAGGUUCUGAUACACUGCCGAUUAAUAUCCUUGAGAAAAUGGUUCGAGAGAUCGCAGCUGUGGAUGGAAUUUCUAGAGUGUUGUACGAUCUAACACCAAAACCGCCCGGCACAACUGAAUGGGAAUGAUGAUCUAAAGCUAGUUUCAAACCUGUGUUUUAUGAAAUCCUAUUGCUAUUGCUGCUAACAAGCUGUUACCGACAGAGUAAAGUGUAACUAACGAUUUCUAUUUACUGUAAAAAAUACUGGGGAAUUAAAGGAUAAUGUGCAUCA